AUGGUGCGCAUUCUGUUGGAUUUGUAGCCUCGACGCAUCUAGCACGACUUUACGAGCAUGCUAGUCGAUUCUGGGUAGCUCCUUCAAGAUGGCAUCGUCACCGCUGCUCCGCAACGACUAGUUGCGCAACAUGCCUUCGUGCCACACUUCGUUGCGCAUGCGAUGCCAGCCACCACUCGUGCGGAGACAUUCACACCCAACUACUUUCAAGCGAUACCAAUGGGCAGUCUGCUGCGUCGUUGGUGAAAGCUUGGUGGUGGCAGGUCGAUGAUGCCCUGUGGUGUGCCUUGCCGAGGACGACCCUGGGCGCAAUUUGCCUCGAGCAUUUUGCUGCCGUCGUACCAAUGACGCUUGUUUUGGGGAGGUGCUGGUAGCCGCACAGGUCACAGACCCGCGUGCGUGCACCCACCUACUAGAGCUCCGAGGUCGUCGAUCCGAGAGAUGUCACUGCAAAGCGCUUCUGCGCUAAGCAUGAUCGAUCUUUCUGGAUUCGUCUUUCUCCUCGUCUCAAUGACCCCGUCUGACCUUUUGGUACCUCUUGAUUUUCUUGCCCCGCAGCCGAAGGCACCCGCUACCAAGUCAUCCGCCGCUAGCAAGCCCUACGCCAAGGGUGGCAAGUCCAAGGCACCCAAGGACCCACGCUUCGAGAAGCGCACCCGUCACUUCGGUAUCGGUGAGUACACUGCUUCCUGUCUGAAUGCGCGCGACGUGCCUGCUGAUCAUGGCGCUCCCUUGCAUGCAUAUCCGCAGGUCAACACAUCCAGCCUCCUCGUGACCUCACUCGCUUUGUCAAGUGGCCCGAAUACGUGCAGCUGCAGCGUCAACGCGUCGUCCUUCACCAGCGUCUCAAGGUGCCCCCCGCGCUCGCCCAAUUCAGCAACACGGUUGACAAGAACACUGCGACCGCCAUCUUCAAGCUUUUCAACAAGUACCGCCCCGAGUCCAAGCUCGAGAAGAAGGAGCGUCUGUCCAAGGUCGCCUCCGAGAUCGCCGCUGGUAAGAAGGAUGCCGCCAACGUCGGACCCAAGCCCAUCCACGUCAAGUACGGUCUGAACCACGUCGUUGGUCUCAUCGAGGCCAAGAAGGCCAAGCUGGUCGUCAUCUCUUCCGACGUCGAUCCCAUUGAGUUGGUCGUCUUCUUGCCUGCACUGUGCCGCAAGAUGGGUGUCCCCUUCCUGAUCCUCCGCAAUGGCAAAUCGCGUCUCGGUGCUCUCGUGCACAAGAAGACCAGCGCUGUCGCUGCUCUGACCGACGUCAAGAGCGAGGACCAGCGUGAGCUUGCCUCCCUCGUCUCUGCUGCCAAGGCCAACGAAACUCCUCAACGCUCUUGGGGCGGUGGUUUGCGCGGCAACAAGUCUGCGCACAAGAUGGCCAAGCGUGCUAAGCUUGCGGGACAGAACGUCGUGGUUCAGCCCACUGCUGUUGACGACGAGUAG